ACACACACUCCUGUCGCUGCAGAUGUCGGAGGGUGAUGUCGGGUUCCUCGUGACUGAAGAUGUCCCAGUGUCACUCCCGUGUGACGUUUCAUCAUGUGAUCGGGAAAGCGGCGGUGAAGGGGCGGUGCUACCACGGCCUGUCAAUCACACGCAGCGUCCAGGACAACCAAUUCUGUGCUGUCAAUCCACGCUUCAUCGCCGUGGUGACCGAGUGUACAGGAGGCGGAGCCUUCAUUGUCAUUUCCAUCCAUCAAACGGGCCGUGUGAGUCCUCUGCAGGCUCGGGUCUGCGGUCACAGCGCUCCGGUGCUGGACGUCAAGUGGGACCCGUUUAACGACCUGCGCCUGGCGUCCUGUUCGGAGGACUGUACGGUGAAGGUGUGGGACAUUCCUCCGAAUGGACUGAAGGAUGAUCUGAUGGAGCCCAGUAAAGAUCUGACCGCUCACAACCGCAGAGUGUCAAUCAUCGAGUGGCAUCCAACCGCCAGAGACCUGCUGCUGAGCUCCGCCUACGACUGCAGAGUGCUGGUGUGGCGUUUGGACUCAGCUGAGGUGCCGGUGUGUGUGAUAAACACACACUCUGAGCUGGUGCUGUGUUUGAGUUUUAAUGCGGAUGGAAGUCUGUUGGCCACGGCCUGCAAAGACAAGAAGAUCCGAAUCAUCGAGCCACGGACUGGGCGGCUCCUGCAGGAGUCUCGCUGUCACUCUCAUAAAGUGUCCAGGAUCCUGUUCCUGUGGGAUCUGAAGAUGUUGGUGUCCACUGGAAGCUCCUGCUGGAACCAGAGACAGUUUGUCCUGUGGGAUCUGGAGGAUCUGUCUGAGCCGUUACUGGAGGAGGAUCUGGAUGGAUGUUCAGGAGUGAUUUUCCCCUUCUAUGACGCUGACACACACAUGCUGUAUCUGGCUGGGAAGGGAGACGGCAACAUCCGCUAUUACACGGUCAGUGCGGUGAAGCCCUACGUUCAGUUCCUGUCUGAAUACCGCUCCGCGUCCCCUCAGAGAGGCUUGGGUGUGAUGCCCAAGCGUGGCCUGAACACCAGCGCCUGCGAGAUCUUCAGAUUCUACCGUCUGGUGGCCGUCAGAGACCUGCUGGAGCCGCUGAGCUUCUGUGUGCCACGCAAGCAGUCUGAGGGUUUUCAUGAGGAUAUUUACCCCCUGACCGCAGCAAAUGAGCCGGCCAUGACCCCAGAUGAGUGGCUGAUGGGACAGAAUAAAGGUCCGCUGCUGAUGUCUCUGAGACCUGCAGCUAAAGCGCUGGACACCUGUCCGACUGAACCAGACACACCAGCCAAUCAGCACGCAGAACCGCCUCCUGACCUCAUCGCUGACCUGCGGGACUGGACGGAGGACGACACACAGAGCCACGGCUGGAUCUCGUCAGGCUUCGGUCAGGAGACGGAGGUCAGCGCCGGUCUCAGUCAUGUGGUCUCUCAGGGGUCAGAGGUCGUGACACAGAAGCAGCUGGAGCUGAUGGACACACACAUGCACAGGAGAGCAUCCUUCUGACCACAGACAGUCACAGAGCGUGUGUGCAUGGAAACAUGAUUCCUUCUGGUUCAUAGAGUUCAGUGGCAUUAGGUUUCGACAGAUUUAUUUUUGGGCUGAAUUGCUCUUCUUUCCCAACAAGGACAGUCUAAAUAAUCGCUCUCUGAGUCUGUGAGAACAGUGUAGUACACACCUGACCACAGACCAAUCAUAUCACUGCUGAGGACGCUAAUACAGUUCAUUUAAAAACGUUACACAGACGUCCAUGAAGGACAACAUUUGUCUGUGUCUAAAAAUGAUCAUAAUUUAUUUUUUCGCUUCCACUGAUGAUUAUUUUUUCCAGCAUUGCUUCUGAACAUAACUUAUAAAAGUUCAUUCAUUUUCAGGAUUUUUCCUUUACUUUACAAUGUUGUUUUUAAUGAAAAAAAUUAUAAUAAUUACCAAGCUGCCUGCUGCAGUGCAUUCUGGGUCGUGUCUUUGAUAUGACCUCUCCUGCUGUUUGGUUUAAAGAUGGCAGUGCCAAUCAAAGCUUGACCUUUGACCUCGAUACCCUGAGGAGGACUGUAAACCCUACUCUUCAUCAUCCUCGUCUUCAUCAGCCUCCGUCCAGAUGCACGUCUCGUCUCUGUCGCUCAGAUUAGCUCCAUGCAGUGGUUUCCCAUGAGCCUUUGUGGUGUCAAGACCGGUUCUGAGGAAUCAGUUCUGUUCUGGGAACUACCUGUUGCUUUUUAAAGCAUUUGUCACAGUAUCAGUGUGUGUGUGUGUGUGUGUGUGUGUGGUUUCUCAUUUGUUUUCAUAGCUGCCCACAGUUUCUUUCCUGUGGUGACGUAUUUCCUAUUGAAACAGGAAGUUUGGACACAUCAAAGUGCAAAAGUGCAUCAAGCAUGGCUCUUGAGCUUGAUCAUUCAUGUGUGCAGAGAAGACAAGCUUCACCCUAAAAUCAAACGACUAAGACUAAUAAAUCAUAUUUAGCCAGUUUUCAGAUUUCCUGCACGUUUAAACAUCUAUAAUUCUCAUUAGUCUCAUUACUGUAUAAAUACACGAAACAGUAUAAAACACUAUUGUGUCUAAUAAAUAAAAGAUCAGUUCUUGUCA